AUGGGUCGCAGGAAGAUCGAAAUCAAAGCUAUCAAAGAUGACAGAAACCGUUCUGUUACCUUCUUGAAAAGAAAGGGAGGUCUCUUUAAGAAGGCGCACGAGCUGUCCGUACUCUGCUGUGUCGAUGUUGCCGUCUUCAUCUUUGGCAACAACAAGAAGCUGUACGAGUAUUCGUCGACUGACAUGCGGGAGAUGAUCACACGGUACACCUAUGCUCUGCAGCAUGGCGGGCCAAACGAACACAAGGGACCGCAAGACUUCCAGACAGCGGCAGCAGACGACGAGGAGGAAGACGAUGACAACAACAACAACAACAAUAACAAUGGCACUCCGCCCCAGAACGAGACCGGAAUGGAGUCUCAGAUGGUCGUCCCGCCCUUUCAACCACAAGCCCAGUUUCCGCCGCAAAUAAGGCAUCAACACGCUCCUUCAUUGUCUCCGCCAAUGCCUAACGGUGCUGUCUUCGGGGCCCAUCCUGCAAACGCUCCUCGUGGCCAUACCCCGCAGCCCCAAAUUGGCUCUCGUCCAGCAUCGCGGAACGAUAUUCGCAGAAUGCCCCCGAACAUGGUGACCCAGCCAGUCGUCUCACAGGCCCCUCCUCAGCCAGUAAACGGCGGGUACGCCUACAUGCCGCAGCCUGCCAUCUAUAACCCUCAGAACGCUUCGCUGCCCCCCAGCAUGCCAACUCAUGGUCUCCCGCAACCCCAUCCGCAGUUCCCGUAUUCUCAACCAGCACCUCAACCCCCUCAGAUGCAGCCUUUUGUUGAGGACCAAAGGAGGCCGCAGCCGUCUCCGGCUUUUCCUCCACCCCACACGCAGCCUACAGCACCACGGCAUUCUCUCUCUCCUCCCCAGCCUCCGGCGCCACAGUUGCCUGCACAGUUCCAUCCGCAGCCUGUAACCCAGAUGUCUGCAGCUCCGUCACAGCCUCAACAACCCUCUGCUCAACCUCAGCAACAAUCACAACCAACAGCUCACCAGAUGCAGACCCCUCCUCAACCUCAGCAGCAAUUACCAUCUCUGCCGCCACCACAAGAGACGUCUCACAACCCGGAGCCGACACGGACUAUGGAGCCGCCGCAAAUCCAGCAACCGGCUUCGAGUAUGCCUCCACCGCAUGAGAGCCAACCUCCUGCCCCCCUGGAGCCUAAGCCGAUUCAAGAACCAGAACGGCGUCAACCAACUCUACUGCUAGACACCAAUAUCAAGAGACUACCGCCCCGUGGACGUGGUAGCAUCUUCACCCCUAUCGAUGAAAAUCGGUCAGUUCUAUCACAGCACCUGGCCGCUUUCGCUGCGGACAAGUCAAGCCCACCAGAGCCCAAGCCCCAGCCUGUCAGCACAAGCGGUUCGAAUAACUCUUCGCCGUCGAACGGACAGCGUUCCAACCCACAGAUUGUACAGCCUCCUCAGAUCACUAGGACAACCUCGCUUUCCUCGACUACAGAGACUGUUUUCACACCGCCAUCCCGGUCAAACAGUUUACGCACUGGAGGCCCGCUUGUACGGCCCCGGUUGAAGGUGCAAAUUCCUGAUGAGUCGGACAAUGGCAGCGCGACAGGAUCAGCAUCCCCUAAGGGCACGACAACGACCAAUGAAGCGACAUCGCAACCAUCCAGGCUCACUCAUUGCUCCACUGUCGUCCUUCCUCCGCCGUCUCCGUCAGCUUCUGCUCUCCUCUCGGCCGGCGCGACCGGUCCGCCCAACCCGUUUGCACGCCCCCUGCCGCAGCAGAACAGUAAUCGCGACAGUAUCGAUACGCCCGUCUCGGCUCUUCCGUCUCGGUUCCUCAACACCGAUUAUCUACCUAGCCCAAGUUCGUUCUACCCUGAAUGGAACCUUCGCGGUAGCGAUAGCAACACGCUGCCAAGCCCUCUAAACUUUGCCACUCCCGUGGUUGGCACGGGCCCGUCGUUCCUGCGCGAUGACCCGGCACCACCACCGAGUCUUCUGAAGAGGAAGAGCCCCGAAAUUUCGGGGUCAAAUGGGAAUAGCGGAGGUGAGGGGUCCAGUGAAGGAAAUGACGCGAAAAGAUUGAAAGUUGAAGCGCCUUGA